AUGCUUGGAAAGCGCGAAUUCUUUCCCUCGAAAGAACCUGGACGCUUCGUCAAGAAGAUGCGUGUCGAGAUUGUAAUGAGUAGAAAAGACGUUAGCGCGCGAGGCGCAAUAGAGGACAAAUCCACGACCAAAGCCGACGACGCGGCCGACAACCCCAAGCAAUUUGGUGCUGAUGCUCCCUCGAGCGAGACGACUGGUGGGCUUGGCGAGAAGACCCGUGCCGUGAAUGACAAGAGUUUCGACUACACCGAGUGGUACAACGUAGGAGAAUCAAGCGAGUCUACGAACUACUUUGAUCAGCCUAACAAAACAGAUGGUCCUUCUAACACCGACGGCAACUCCUCGCUUCCGCAGGACAACUUUGAGCAGCCCCUGGAGCUACGUCGGUACCAAGGUGAUUUCGGCGAUUCCCAACCGUCAUUGGAGCCGGGGAAUGGCGCGCUGUCUUCACUCACGCCUCCAAGCUCAAUCUCGCCGUUCGAGACGUCAGGUCGUGCCCUGGUCAGCGGGAGUUUCGCGUCGUUCGCCGCGAACCGAUUCCCACCCCCUCCGAAAUGGUCAGCCCAUCUUACGCAGCACCAGCAGUUGUCAGGCUCCCCGUGGGCGGCUAUGACGACCUCACCCAAAACGACCCCUAUGCAGCAGGUUGAAACAGCAGAAUCUCAAGGAUACUUCGACCCGACAGCUGACUCGUCAAUUGCUAGCUAUGGUCACGGAGGCCGACAGAUCACGGAUACUGCGCGCACGACACGCCCCUUGCAGUAUCUUGGUGGUCUCUCACCAUACGGCAAUAUAUCACGGCCCUACAACGCUGCUUUGCAUGACCCGCUCUCUCGGGACUACCAUGAGCGACAACAGCUCUUGCAGUCGUUACAGAAGCCGCCUUCAGCACCUUCUGGUAGCCGCGCACGACAAGAUCCCGAAACGCACCUUACCGUGGAUACUUGCUCGUUUCCGGCAAAUCAGCAUCCGAACAGUCCUUGCUGCCCCAAUUCUAUGCUCUUCGCGCGGGAUUCUACAAUCACCUGCCUUAAUUGUAGAGUGAGUCGCAUUCCCGAGGAUGAGGACUAUCUUGUCUUCGCUGCCGCUCGAGACCGACAACCUCAAGGAUCGGUGCAGCCAGGCGCAGCGAACGCGCUCCAGCAUCCUGGAUCUAUCCCGACGCCGGGCACGAGCCCGAUCCUGGGAGUCCUUCGUCCGGCUGGACCAUGCUGUUCCUCUCCGCUUCUCUCCAGGGCCAAGAGUGGAGGGAUAGUUGUCUGCCUCAAUUGUCAUGUAUUCAGAACUGAAGACAUAGGUUCCCAUGAUACGGCUCCCAGCGUACCGUCUACCGAAGCUCUUGUUCAAUGCUGCCCAGAUCCGAACCCCUUCGACAUCGGCGAAGACGUCAGUCCGGAAUUCGUUUGCCUCAAUUGUAACGAGAGGCACGACACUAGCCAGAUUUUCGCGGGGAUGCAAUCUUGGGAUGAAUGGAUGGCUGCGAAUACUCGAGAUGAUGCAGACUCAGUUUUUGCGCUGGACUUGACGGAAGAUGCGGACGACGCACUCGACCUGUAUUCAUCUCCAACUCCAAACGCUCCCGCAGCUAGUAGGCCCAAGGAAUUGGAUUUCUCAACUGCUACGGCAUCGAACAGUCCAAACGACAUCAACAGGGCUAUGGUCUUGAGAAUGAUGGGUUAUGAGGAACCAAUGACAUCGGUAUAUCGAAACUUAGAGCUAUCGCUAUACGCACCAGCACAGGGCGAGGAUCUGUUCCACCAAUGUUACGAUGCAGAUGGGGAUGGCGACGAUGAUGCCGACAACGGUGAUGCCGACAACGAUGGUGCCGACAAAGAUGAUGCCGACAAAGAUGAUGCCGACAACGAUGAUGCCGACUUCCCUGCAGAAAAGGGUUGCCGCCGGUCUUUUGAUAGGUUCCUGGACCUUCCAAAAGAACUACGGGAGCGAAUCUACAAGAUCGUGCUGCAGAGCGACAAGCCAAUCGCCCCUCAUCUUUGCGAUGCACACCGACCGGCCCAACAAGGCAAGGCCGACCACGGUAAGGCUAUUCGGUUUCACGACGAUAACCAAGCUGAACACAACGCCAUCUGCAAGACGCUCACAAUAACGCGCGUCUCGCGAAAGGUCCGCGCUGAGAGUCUGCCCGUUUUCUAUGGCACGAACACCUUCGACACCGUUGCUGAUACACCAACCUACUUUUCUCGUCUCGAGCAGCUGGGUCGCUUCCAUAUGAUCCGCAAGGUGAACUUUGUAGUUCAGUUCUGGAAAGGUGAGACGUACUCCCAAAAGCUACUGAGGAUGCUUCUGCAGCAUUUCGAAGAGCAGAAAGCGUUCGAGAUGAAGCACGGUGAAGAAGCGAGGAUCAACAGCGCUGGCAAGGGCAAGGGCAAGUCUACCGUUAAGGACGCAGCUGCCACAGCCUUCCCACCGCACGAGCGAGGCGCAACGAAGUUCUUCACCGACGAUCUUGAGGUCCUGGAAAGCCACCCACAGCACGUAAUGGGCGGCCUGGAGGCCAACUUCCUCGUUCUCCGCAAGUUGAGCGAGACCUUUCAGGAUGGCGGUUACAACCGCAAGCUCGUCAUCCACGUGCCGACGUCGACACUCUUCACGCAGUAUAACUCGCUGCUCUACUUCCCUUCAGUGUGUGAAGGUCUGGGCAUCCAUUUGCAGCUCGUCUCAGGUCGCGACGUUGAGAUGGUCGGCUCAGGCUUUCGGUUGAGCUGGACACAGAAGUUCCAGAAGAAGAGCUUUGCCGAAUCGACUACGGCCAAAGAUGACAGAGAGCUGGAGACGCUGACGAAGCGCGUGCGAGCCUUGUAUCCGAAUAUCGAAGAGGUUUCCAGGCCUGCGAAGCGCACAUACUAUCGUCGGAAUUGCAAGAUUAGGGAUAUUGAGUGGUUCAGUGUUGAUUCCGCUGGUGGCUUUGUAGCGGCACCGAAUCAGUGA